CUUUCGUGGUCCUUGGCGCGGUAAUCGUUUCCCCGGGCGGCACUCAACCGACAAGUUGUAGAUCUGGCCAGAUCUGUGCGUUGUCAGUCAUCGGCGAUGAAUGGGACGGAGGGGUGUGGCUCGGGCAUCCCCGACAUAGCCCGCCAGGCUCGUGCCGCCGCCCAGCAGCUGGCGGGCCUCUCGACUGAAGCCAAGAACGACGCGCUGCGCCUGUUCAAGGAGGAGCUCGUCAAGCAGAGGGUGAGUCACAGGACACAACACAACACAUCUACUCAGAUGGAUGGAUGUGCGGGUGUGUGUGCAGGGGCUGAUACAGGCGGCGAAUGCUGCCGACAAGCGCGAGGGCGAGGCGGCUGUGAGUGCGGGUGCGAUGGCUCCGUCACUGGUGAAGCGGCUGGACUGCAGCGGGGCCAAGUUCGAGACCCUCCUCAAGGGCAUCGACGACAUCAUCGGACUCCCAGACCCCGUAAGUGUGUUUAUGUGUGUGUGUGUGUGCAUCUGUAUUUAUGAGUGUGUGUGUGGUGUGUGGAUGCAACGCAGGUGGGUCGGUGUGAGCUGUCGACUCAGCUGGCCGACGGCCUGGACCUCUAUCGCGUCACCUGCCCCAUCGGUAGGUCGGUGGAAGUGGGACUGCGCUGGAUGCGGUGUGGACUGUUUCUGUGUGUGCAUGUUCGUGUGUGUGCAGGGGUGCUGGCCAUCAUCUUCGAGUCUCGUCCCGAGGCAGCGGUGAGCAGAGCGCCGACACAGCACACUCAUAGACGGAGCCGUGACGACACCACCAGCCAUGUUUGUGUGUUGAGAUGGCCUGAUGGCUGGAUGGCUGUGCAGGUGCAGAUAUCGUCCCUGGCCCUCAAGUCGGGGAAUGCGCUCAUUCUCAAGGGCGGCAAGGUGGGUGGGUGGGUGGGUGGGGGGGGUGACGCAUUCAUUACCAUACCAACACCCUGUCAAUCAUCUCUGGGUGUUGUUGUGCAGGAGGCCAUGCGCUCGAACCGUGCGCUCUAUGACGCGCUUGCAGCCGCGCUGAAAAGAGCACCAGGCAAGACACCACCACCACCACCACGUGUCGCUUCCUGGCCUUGACGGACUCCCUCCUCUGUGUGUGUGUGUCAGGUGUUCCCGCGACGUCGGUGCAGCUGGUUGACACCCGUGAGGAGGUGACAUCUUUGCUGCAGUGCGACAAGGACAUCGACCUCGUUAUUCCCAGAGGUAGGUCAGCCAGCCAGCCAGCCAGCCAGCCAGGUCGUCGAUCGUCUGAUGAAUGAUGGAUGGAUGGAUGGAUGUGGGUGUGUGUCGGUGUGUGUCGGUGUGUGUCGGUGUGUGUGUGUGUGUGUGUGUGCAGGUUCGAAUGCGUUGGUCCGGUCCAUCAAGGACAGCACCCGGAUUCCCGUGUUAGGUAGGUCGGUGGCUCGAAUGACCGCAUCCCUAUUGAUCGAUCCACUUUGUCACUCGCUCACCCCAGGCCAUGCCGACGGCCUCUGUGCCGUCUAUGUGGACGAGGAGUGCGACCUGCAACAGGUGCGCCUGGCGCGUGGCGAGCGGCCUGUGGCCUGUGAAUCCUUUGUUCUGUACCUUGGUUGGUCCGUUCUCUCAGGCGGUGUCGAUAGUGGAGGACUCCAAGAUGAACUACUGCUCCGCGUGCAACGCACUCGAAACCCUCCUCGUGCACCAAAAGGUCAGCCAGUCAGCCGGCCAGGGCAGUCAUCAUCCCACUCGCUCAGCGAGCGACACCGCAGCAGAUGAGGCAUCGGUGUGUGUGUGGAUGGGUGGGUGCAGGUGGCUGCCUCGUUUCUGCCUUUGCUGUCGGAGCGCCUGGCUGCCCACAGUGUGCAGUACAAGGCCGACACGCGCAGCCUCCCACACCUGUCGGCGCAGUGCACGCAGCCCGCCACACAAGAAGACUUCCAGUGAGCGAGCCGGCCACCAAGCAAGCAACUGACACCCACUCACUAUACCUGUGUGUGUGUGUCUUUGUUUGUCGAAAGCACUGAGUUUCUGGAGCCGACGAUGGCCGUCAAGGUGGUCGACAGUGCACAGGUAAGCGAGGGAGGGAGGGUGGGCGGGAGAUGUUGUGUUUGUGUGUGUGGUGUGAUGGUAGGAGGCGAUAGGGCACAUUAAUGCGCACGGGUCGCACCACACGGACUGCAUAGUCACCAGCAACUCACAGACAGCAGAGACCUUCCUGCAGUUCGUCGACUCGGCCGGUAUGACUGACACAUGAGCACCUGGACACACACACACACACACACAUACCCACAUACACACAGAUGGUGUGGGCGGGCACGGUGCGGUGCGGUGCAGGUGUCUAUCACAAUGCCUCCACUCGCUUCGCUGACGGAUUCAGGUGCGUGUGUGUGGGUGUGGGUGUGAGUGUGUGUGCCCAUUUGUGUGUUCUUCUGUCUGUGUGUCUGACCUUUGUGCGGUUUGCCCGUCUUGAUGCGAUCGAUGCAGGUAUGGCUUCGGCGCUGAGGUCGGCAUAUCGACCAACCGCAUCCACUCCCGCGGACCAGUGGGCCUCGAAGGGCUCGUCAUACACAAAUACAGGUGGGUGGGGCACUGAUCUGCCCUAGCACCCAACGAACAGACAGACAAAGACGCCUGCUCUCCUCUGUGUGUGUGUGUGUGUGUGUGUGUGUCAGGCUGUAUGGGAGGGGCCACGUCGUGGGGGAGGUCGGCAAGAAGUAUGGCUUCACCCACGUGCACCGGGACCCGCGAGACACCCCGACCGUCGACAGUAUCCAGACUCGGCAGCACCCCUGACUGACUGAUUGAUUAAUGUGGCCGGUGCUGAUGUGUGUGAGCGUGUGGACGAGGGUGUGGUGUCUGUCAUUUGUUUACGUGUCGAGGUGGCGCCGUGGUCGAGCCACAGCUGAUGUGGGGAACAACGUACCAAUUGAGAGAGAGAGAGAAAGCGAAAUGGUCUGUCACCAAGACAUUGACACAUUCCCUGUCAGGCAGAGAGGGAGGCAACGCCACACAUAAUUCGACCGGCGUCCAUGUGCCAUCGCCAUACAUCGUCAAUCACAGUCGCGAUGUGCAACACACACUGCGGACCACAGACAGACAGACAGAG